AUGCACGUGAUUAUUCUCAAAUACGUGCAAGUUCUUUGCAUAACGGUUUUCUUCUCCAACAACGUCAACUGUGACAAAUUGUUGCUUCACAACAAUCAAGAAGAUCAGCACCUAUAUCGAAUCGGUUCCUGUGCAGCGCAAUGUAUGGCAAAACAAAAUGCUUCCACAGAGCAGUCCCUGGAGUCCUGCUACAAGCUCUGCUCGGAGGGCGCUGCGGAACAAGAAUCAACGCUUGUGCAAGGUUCCGAUCAGGAUUUCAACAUUAACCUGAUUUGUCGCGAUAGUACUAGUAUGGUAGUUGGAAUUGAACAGCCCCAGGAUGGCACUGUUGAAGGAAAGCCAAAUUCACGCGUUCUUCAGCGCGAUCCGAAAACAAGACCACACACUGCGAUCAAUCGGCUGGCGGAUAUUCCCAUACGCCGUUGGACCCAGGAAGACGCAGAAAGAUUCUCGACUAAAGUUCGAAGAAGCAUUUCGAACAGUAAAGGUCAGCUCAAUAACCGCAACGACAGUGAUGUGAGCCACAAGGGAGCCAAACAUUACAUAUAUCUAAUCAAAGUUCAAGAGAGCGGAACAGAUCUAGGCGAUAGGAUCGUUUAUAUGAGUAACGCCUCAAUCAUCAGAGUCGAGGAUCUAGCUCCGAACAAACAGUACAACAUAACCGCAACGGUGCUUAGCUCCAGCGGUGAGUACUUCUACGUGGACAGCAAGCAACAGUUCAAAACUUUGCCUAUGGCCUACACUCCGGGUUCAGUUACGGAACUUAAAAUCAGUGAUUUCAACACAAGCCGGCGAAAUAGCAGUCUGCUAGAAGCAGUUGUUUCUUGGAAGCCAGCAGUUGAUAAAACAUGUGCUGUCCGGUUGGUGUUUUUCUUCGGACUUGACUAUGAACUACAUGAAAUCGAUCUACGAAAGCCUGAAGAGCGCAAUCGUUUCACUUUACCCACGCUAGAACUAAACAAAGAGUUCGCGGUAGGUAUCAUGACAAAGAAUACCCAAUACUUUGAUCUGGAAAGCGACACCGUGUGGACCAAAUUCUACACACCCGAUUGCGCCGAAUGGUACAAUAAAAGCCAGGUGAUGUGUGCACCAGAAGACAUCGUAGGUUUACGCGUGAAACCCAAAAAUCUAUCGGGCGAUCGCUUUCGAUUCAACAUCUCCUGGCGUAAGCCCGAGGUCCUACCAGAGUACUACAUCCUGACACUGUUCGAUCUUAGUCCGGAACGGGCGCAUCUUUCGGAUGAUGAGGCGCAUUCCGUUUUGCAGAAGCUCGACGGUGAUAAAACAUCCUUCGUAAUCGACAGUGUCCCAAUUACUGGACCGGAAGUUCAAAUUCAUCUAGAGGCCCAUGCCAACAACCGAACUACAAUUGUGGACAACUUGACGAUAUGGCGAUAUGUGAUUAUAGUUGCGGUGCCCAUUUUGACGCUUUGUUUUAUAAAGAUUUUUAUAAUAAUCCUAUGUCGCCGGAGGGCGAAAAAGAAACGCCAGGAGCAACGAAGUGAAUAUUUCAAAGAUUUGGAGCAAAAAGCUCCUGUGGAUCCAACGACUGACGUCGACAUCCAAGUUAAGAAUAUCCAGGACAUGAUUCUACCCAUGGGCUUUCCAACCGAUAUGAUAGCUCCAAUUGAUGACGAAAUGGAAAUUGGGUUGGAUCAAAUUGAAUUACACGACGUACUGGGUGAGGGUGCCUUUGGCCUGGUACGGAAAGGUUUCCUUAUUCGGACGCUGGAAACAUACGUUCCUGUUGCUGUGAAGAUGUUAAAAGAAUGCCCAAGUUUGGAGGAUAUCAAAGAGUUUCGCCGGGAAAUAGAGGUCAUGAAAUCGGUUGGAACUCACCCGAAUGUAGUGUGCAUAGUAGGGCACUACACUAAGAACGUUAAUCAGAUGAUGCUGUUGACGGAGUAUUGCUCCGAGGGCAAUCUUUUGGAUUAUCUCCGAUGCGAAUGGCACAAAAUAUUACGCAAAAGAAACCGCAUAGGACGUCAUCUUAACCAACGGUCCACUGUAAAACCCAAUACAGUAAUACUCAAUGCUGAUUGUUCGAACCCACCGCAAGACGACUGUCUAGUGCCGAGUUUGCAAAGUAGCAAAAAGCCCGAAUAUGCCAUUAAUCUGGACAACGCUACGGUAAACGACAAGAAAGCUUUGGUCUACAAGGAAAUUCCUGAACAUACCGGUUCUCCAACGACUGUAAUCGAGAAUCGUCUCUACCCUGUGAUUAACGAGGAUAAACAUGACGGUUUGGGACUUUGCACGAACGCCUGCAAAUGUCGGGUGGAAAUUUUAGACUUGCAAGAAGACAUUUGCCGAAAUAAAAAGAGUUGUAAUGUUAAAAUCAAAGGAUGUGACUGCAAUCAAAAAUUUCCUGAUUUAGUUGUAAAUCAGUGCUACUACGACAGUAUCUGCGACGGUAAGGAUAUAAACAGUGAUUUUACAAGUGCUCAACUAGUUGAAUUUGCCCGGCAAAUCGCAGUUGGAAUGGAAUUUUUGGCACGUAAUAAAGUAGUUCAUCGUGAUUUGGCUGCUAGGAACGUGUUGGUGUGUGAGAAUAAAAAUGUUAAAAUUUCAGACUUUGGCCUUAGCCGAGAUAUUUAUCAGGAUAAUUUAUACCGGAAAACUGGUACUGGAAAGCUCCCCAUCAAAUGGCUUGCGCUGGAAGCGCUCACCCAUCAAGUGUAUACAUCGCAAAGUGACGUGUGGGCGUACGGUAUUCUGCUGUACGAAAUUUGUACUCUUGGUGGAAGUCCAUACCCUCUACUGUCGACGAGCGAUUUAAUUAUCGAACUCAAGAGAGGCUACCGGAUGGAAAUUCCUGCGGGUUGCAGUAGAGAACUAUACGACAUGAUGUUGUCCUGCUGGAAUGCGUUACCCGUUGAUCGUCCCACGUUUCCCGGCAUUCAGUCGCGACUGGAAGAGCUGAUAGGGCAGAGUAAAGAAACCGACACACCGUUGAUUGAUCUAAAUGCUAUAAUUGACUCGCAAAAUGCUCAGCAAACUUCCAGGGAAAAUUCCUACCUAAAGCCUGUGGAGUAUUAG